CACAACUUGAACGUUUGGGUGCAGCGACAUAGCUGAGAGAGCAAUGGAAAAAACAAAGAGAGAUGUUGUGUUCUUCGUAUUUGUCUUAACCAUUUUGUUUCCUAUCGUUAAAUCGCAAACUUUCGAUAAUUUUUGGUUUGUUCAACAAUGGCCACCAGCUAUUUGUACUUUACAAUCAGGGCGAUGUGUAGGACGAGGGACUCGAUCCUUCACAAUCCAUGGUUUGUGGCCUCAAAAGGGAGGAAGAUCUGUGACUAAUUGUAGUGGCAAUUCAUUUGACUUCACUAAGAUUGCACAUUUAGAAAGCGAUCUAAACGUAGUUUGGCCGAACGUGGUGACGGGAAACAACAAAUUCUUUUGGGGUCACGAAUGGAACAAACAUGGGAUUUGCUCAGAGAGCAAGUUUGAUCAAGCCAAGUACUUCCAAACAGCGAUAAACAUGAGGCACAGUAUCGACCUUCUUAGUGUGUUGAGAACUGGUGGAAUAGUACCAAAUGGAGCCUCAAAGGCAAAGCAAAGAGUCGAAACUGCGAUUUCAUCCCAUUUUGCAAAAGAUCCUAUUCUUCGAUGUAAAACAGCUUCAAACGGCCAAGUCUUAUUGACUGAGAUUGUCAUAUGCUUCGAUGACGAUGGUGUCACCCUUAUAAACUGUAACAAAGCAAGAUCCAAUUGUGCUAGGAGUUUUAUUUUUUAAAAAUAAACCCUCCAAUAUAAAUCCUGAUCAUGCCAUAAUAAUGUUAUUAAUAUAAUAAUAUGGUUUUAAUCAUAUUAUAUCUAUACUUUUUUAUUCCAUAAAAAUAAGAGUUUACACAGUUUGUUCCACCCA